AUAAAAAACAAAUCAAGAAAAAAAUUGAAAUAAAAUCGAAUCCGAUCGAAAUUGAUUGAUUGAUUGGCAAGUAAAUUCUUGGAAACAAAAAACCAAAACCAAAAAUGGAGAGAAAAAUUGCUAAAAUCUGUAAAGAAACAUUAUCAUCAUCGGAAUCAAAAUUAGGCAUUAUUGUUACCGAUAUGAAUGGUCUUUGUUUAGCUACCGAUGGUUGUGGUGAUAAAAAUCUAGCACCAACAUUAUUAAAAAUUAUACAAUCAGCAAAUAAAUUGGAUGAAAAUAAAAAAGAAUCAAUGGCCAUACGAAUCGAUUGCCAGGAUCAUUAUAUUAAUGUUAAACAACAUAAUAAUGUUAUUGUAGCUGUUUAUGAUCGUUAUUGAUUGGAUUUAUUUCAAUAUUUUUAAAUAAGAAUUAUAAUCAUCAUUGUACAAUAAUAA